CACACCACUCCCAGAACCCUUAGAGGGCGCAUUUCCAGCGACUCCCAGAGGGCCCAUUUCUAGAAAGUUCCACGUGAGAGGCACCACAGCCUCACUGCCAUUUUGCGGGUUACUGCCAGGCUCAGGGAACAAGGAAAUGAUGACAGAUAAAGCAGAGGAGUCUACUGUUGGGCCCAAGAAGCAAAUGAAACAUCAUAGAGAACCCAUGACUUCUCCUCUGUGUAAGAGUAGGCUGACCAGGGGGCUGCUGUCAGUGAUGCCGGAAGAAGAGGGAGCAUUCCAGGCCAGGGGCUCAGCCGUGUCUUUGGAAGAUGAUGACCCCAAGGUCGCCAGGAAGUCUGUGCUGUUCGGAAUGAUGCCGGAUACGUUGUCAUUCAAUCCAGAGGCGAUGAAUAGUGAUGUAAAACAUCAAAUCAUGAAAGAAAUUCGACAGUUUGGACGAAAAUAUGAAAAAAUCUUCAAAUUGCUUGAAGGAAUUCAAGGACCUCCAAAAGUGAGGAGACAGUUUGUUGAAUUUGCCAUCAAGGAAGCAGCAAGAUUUAAAAGACGAGACUUAAUUAAGCACCUUGAGAAGAUAAUCGACAAAAUAGAAUCUGACAAAUUUCUCAGCAAAGAUAAGCAUGGCCCAAACCUAUAAUCCUGUUAUCUCAACAAUCAAAAAAGAAGAACCAGAUUGCUGUCUUCUAGAACGGAAUGGGAUAUUGCUGAAGCCUCCUAGCAUGUGUUAGUUAAGAGAAUUGCCUUCCAGAGGCUAAGAAAAAGUUGUUGUAGUUUCAAAAAUUUUACUAAUUGUUGUUAAUAAAAGCUGGGCUUUUGCCCUACGAGUUCA